AUGGUUGCAAUGGAGAGUAAGAAGAACGAUCGUGCAGGUGUGCAGAGACUGUGGCUGGAGGCUCAGGGUCUGGGAAUGAGUCAAGCCUCAAAUCAUGUCCGGGGCCUCUCAAGUCUGAACAAGGUCACCGAAGGACAGCAUAAGCAGCACGUGAAGGAGACCAAGCUGAAACUCGAGGACCGCUCCGUGGUGCCCCGGGAUGUGGUCCGGCACAUGCGAUCCACCGACAGCCAAUGUGGCACUGUGAUAGACGUCAGCAUCGACUGCGCUGUCAAGCUCAUCGGCACCAACUGCAUCAUCUACCCCGUCAACAGCAAGGACCUGCAGCACAUCUGGCCCUUCAUGUACGGGGACUAUGUAGCCUAUGACAGCUGGCUGGGGAAGGUCUACGACUUGAAGAACCAGAUCAUCCUGAAGUUGUCCAAUGGUGCCAGGUGCUCUAUGAACACAGAAGAUGGUGCCAAGCUCUACGACGUCUGCCCACACGUCAGUGACUCAGGUCUUUUCUUCGAUGAUUCCUACGGCUUCUACCCGGGCCAGGUGCUCAUCGGCCCAGCCAAGAUUUUCUCCAGCGUCCAGUGGCUGUCAGGGGUCAAGCCCGUACUCAGCACCAAGAGCAAAUUUCGGGUGGUAGUAGAAGAGGUGCAGGUUGUAGAGCUGAAAGUCACAUGGAUUACCAAGAGCUUCUGUCCAGGGGGCACAGAUAGCGUCAGCCCCCCACCCUCUGUCAUCACCCAGGAAAACCUAGGCAGGGUGAAGCGUCUCGGAUGCUUUGACCAUGCUCAGCGGCAGCUGGGGGAGCGCUGUCUGUUUGUCUUCCCGGCCAAGGUAGAGCUGGCCAAGAUUGCCUGUGAAUGUCCAGAAAAACACUGCGCCCAGGGGGAGGGCUCUAUGGCCAAGAAGGUGAAGCGCCUCUUGAAAAAGCAAGUUGUGAGGAUCAUGUCCUGCUCCCCGGACACCCAGUGCUCCAGGGACCAUUCCAUGGAGGAUCCGGGCAAGAAAGGGGGCACCAAAGCCAAGAGUGAAACAGGGUCCGCCAGCCCUGAGGAGACGCCCGAUGGGUCCGCCAGCCCGGUGGAGAUGCAGGACGAGGGCCCGGAGGAAGGCGAGCAGCUGCCUCCCUUCCAAGACGACAGGCUGCACGCGGGGGAGCAAGAUGCGGAUGACGAGGCUGCCGACGACACAGACGACACCAGCUCGGUUACCUCCUCUGCCAGCUCCACCACUUCCUCACAGAGCGGCAGCGGCACAGGUCGCAAAAAGAGCAUCCCCUUGUCCAUCAAGAACUUAAAGCGGAAGCACAAGAGGAAGAAGAAUAAAAUCACUCGCGACUUCAAGCCGGGGGACAGGGUGGCAGUGGAGGUGGUGACCACGAUGACCUCGGCAGACGUGAUGUGGCAGGACGGCUCUGUGGAGUGCAACAUUCGCUCCAAUGACCUCUUCCCCGUGCACCACCUGGACAACAAUGAGUUCUGCCCCGGAGACUUCGUGGUGGACAAGCGAGUCCAGAGCUGUCCGGACCCCGCGGUCUACGGCGUGGUGCAGUCUGGGGACCACGUGGGCCGCACCUGCAUGGUGAAGUGGUUCAAGCUGCGGCCGAGCGGGGACGACGUGGAGCUGAUUGGAGAAGAGGAAGACGUGAGCGUUUACGACAUUGCUGACCACCCUGACUUCCGGUUCCGCACAACCGACAUCGUCAUCCGCAUUGGCAAUGCCGAGGAUGGGGCCCCUCACAAGGAGGAUGAGCCAUCGGUCGGCCAGGUGGCCCGCGUGGACGUCAGCAGCAAGGUGGAGGUGGUGUGGGCUGACAACUCAAAGACCAUCAUCCUGCCCCAGCACCUGUAUAACAUCGAGUCUGAGAUCGAGGAGUCGGACUACGACUCCGUAGAAGGCAGCACCAGCGGGGCGUCCUCAGACGAGUGGGAGGAUGACAGUGACAGCUGGGAGACGGACAACGGCCUGGUGGAGGACGAGCACCCCAAGAUAGAGGAGCCCCCCAUCCCACCCACUGAGCAGCCAGCAGCCCCCGAGGAGGACAAGGGGGUGGUGAUCAGCGAAGAGGCUGCCACGGCCGCCAUUCAGGGCGCCGUGGCCAUGGCCGCCCCCGUGGCUGGGCUGAUGGAGAAGGCUGGCAAGGACGGGCCCCCAAAGAGUUUCCGGGAGUUGAAAGAGGCCAUCAAGAUCCUGGAGAGCCUCAAGAACAUGACCGUGGAGCAGCUUCUGACCGGCUCCCCCACCUCCCCCACGGUGGAGCCUGAGAAACCGACCCGAGAGAAGAAGUUUCUGGAUGACAUCAAGAAGCUGCAGGAGAACCUCAAGAAGACCCUGGACACUGUGGCCAUCGCGGAGGAGGAGAAGAUGGAGGCCGUGCCGGACACAGAGCGCAAGGAGGACAAGCCCGAGGCACAGUCCCCUGUGAGGGCCGAGUGGCCCAGCGAGACCCCGGUGCUCUGCCAGCAGUGUGGCGGCAAGCCCGGGGUCACCUUCACCAGUGCCAAGGGCGAGGUCUUCUCGGUGCUGGAGUUCGCACCCUCAAAUCACUCUUUUAAGAAAAUUGAGUUCCAGCCUCCAGAAGCCAAGAAGUUCUUCAGCACGGUGCGGAAGGAGAUGGCGCUGCUGGCCACCUCGCUGCCCGACGGCAUCAUGGUCAAGACUUUUGAGGAUAGAAUGGACCUCUUCUCGGCCCUGAUCAAGGGCCCUACUCGCACCCCCUACGAGGACGGCCUCUACCUGUUUGACAUCCAGCUCCCCAACAUCUACCCGGCCGUGCCCCCCCACUUCUGCUACCUCUCCCAGUGCAGUGGCCGCCUGAACCCCAACCUUUACGACAACGGGAAGGUGUGCGUCAGCCUCCUGGGCACCUGGAUCGGAAAGGGGACAGAGAGGUGGACAAGCAAAUCCAGCCUUCUCCAGGUGCUCAUCUCCAUCCAAGGUCUGAUCCUGGUGAACGAACCGUACUACAACGAAGCCGGCUUCGACAGCGACCGGGGCCUGCAGGAGGGCUACGAGAACAGCCGCUGCUACAACGAGAUGGCGCUCAUCCGCGUGGUGCAGUCCAUGACCCAGCUGGUGCGGCGGCCGCCCGAGGUCUUCGAGCAGGAGAUCCGGCAGCACUUCAGCGCUGGCGGCUGGCGGCUGGUGAACCGCAUCGAGUCCUGGCUGGAGACCCACGCCCUGCUGGAGAGGGUCCCGGCCCUGCCCAACGGGGUGUCCAAGGACAGCAGCUCCGCAGAGCCGCCCGCCAGGGCGGAGCUCUCAGACUGCGGCCGAGAAGAACCUGAGGACGGCGGACCGGCCCCCGGAGAGGCCUCCCAGGGCUCGGACUCCGAGGGCGGUGCCCAGGGCCCGGCCUCGGCCAGCAGGGACCACACAGACCAGACUUCGGAGGCAGCGCCUGACGCCUCGGUGCCACCUAGUGUCAAACCAAAGAAGCGGAGGAAGAGCUACCGGAGCUUCUUGCCUGAGAAGAGUGGCUACCCUGACAUUGGCUUCCCCCUCUUCCCGCUUUCGAAGGGCUUCAUCAAGAGCAUUCGGGGCGUCCUGAUGCAGUUCCGGGCCGCGCUGCUAGAGGCCGGCAUGCCUGAGAGCUCAGGCGACCAGUAGCCGCCAGCCCUUGAGGAAGGAGAUCUCGGUGGGAGAGGCCAGCUGCAGCCUGCUCACUCCCUGCCAUGGAACCUCCCCUCUCCCCGUUUCCUCCUCUGUCCCCCAUGCGGGCCCCCCACUGCCCCCCUCUUCCCAAGGUGAGUUUGAUGCUGAUGUGCAAGAAGUUUCUUGAGAUGCUGCCAUUUCUAUUCCGAAGCAAUCUUUCAACAGGCGGGUCCCCUGCGGCAAAGCAAUUCUGAAUGCCGUUGCUGAUUUUCCACUUGUUGCCCCAGGCAGAGUGUCCUGGCACUUCCCGUCUGCCAUCUCCACCUCAGGUCGGAGGUGGCGUCCUCCUCGGGCCUGACGCGGAGGCUCCUGGGGCCGAGCGCUGUGCAGAGCGGCCGCCAGACGAGUGGAUGUGCCUUGCAUGACGUGUGGGUUGCUCCGGCAGUUCCCCUGGUCCCUUUCAUCUUUUGCAGUUCCAUUGUAGCGUCCCCAUGUCCCAGGCCACUGCCACCAGAUCCUCCCUCCUCCCCCAGCAUCAUCACUCUUCUCUGGGAGUCGUAGCCGCUGUCACCCACCCCUGACUCCAUUCUGGCCCAUUACCACAGGAUAGCCCUCAGACCUGUUGAACUGGCCCUCUAAGAGAGGUUGGGACCAGGCUGGGGUCAGGGUGCCACUCAGGAGAGGUGGUGGCCCUCACACUACCAUGAAGCGAGGCCCAGGGAGCUGCUGGGAAAGAAACAGCUGUAGGUGCCUUGCUCUUCCUGUCCCACGGGACCGCGAGUCCGGAGUUCUGGCUUCAGGGGUCCUCUUCCCGCUUGACCUGAAGCCAGUGUCCGCCCCCUGCUCAGUCAGGUCCCAGGACCCCAGGAGGCGAGAACAGCAGCACACCCAAGGCCUGGGCCAGUGCUAGGGCCUCUCCAGGGACUUCGCCCCUCCCACUAUGAAAUGCCGACGCUGGGAGGUGGCCUGCAGCUCACUGCACACGGCGAGCCAGCCCUCUCUCCCAUGCACACCGGGCCUCCUGUCAGCCCUUAGCUUACAAAACUGCAGGCUCGGUCAGAGAGGUGGCCUGCGUGGGGUCCCCGCCCUCGCAGACAGGCCCAGAGGUUUACAAGUUUUCUAAGCUUUUGAUAAUGUGAAGCUCCAGGUUAAGAGGAUGCUGUUGAGCACAUUGCAGCUAUGUAAUUUUUGGUGUAUGUAUGUAAUAUUUAAGGUUGAAAGAAAAUAAAUCUCAAAAGCAAAGAUAUUAACUCUUAUUAGAAAAACAAACAAAAAAAGCCAAAGCAUGAGCGUCUUGUCCGCCUUAAGCUGGCUCCACACCUGUGCUGUGCCAUACUCACCCGGCGGGCAGCAGCCGCGGGAAGGACGGGGCCCGGGCCGCGGCGUCUGGAGCCCAGAGUCGGUAUCUUGUUUGAGAAACAUCCGGAGUGACUGGUGGGGCUGUGCUUCCCAGUGCGUUGUUCGUGUGGAGAUGUGAAUGCCUACUGCUUAAGAUAUCUGUAUAAAGUGCUGUGUGAUUAAACUUUUUUUUUACUUGCA